GCGAAUUUUAUUUUUACUGGCAAGUAAACAAUAGCUAAGGGCCUCAACUCCAUUUUGUAUUCCCGCCGAUGCAGAGCAGAAAAUGCCAGCUGGACGACCAAGACGCGCAACAAAGCAAGUUGCACCUACAGAAGUUGAUGAAUCGGAACAACCCUCAGAACUUUCCCUGCAUCAGGAUGAUUCUGACAGUGACUUUGAGGAGCCUAAAGUGAAAGGCAAAAGAAAGAAGAAGGAUGAUUCAGGAGCUCCUGCCAAGCGUAAAAAGACUGAAACCAAAGCAAACAAAAGAGCACAGCUUGAGGCACAAAACCAAGUAGAUGGGAGUCUAUUUGAAACUGUUAAAGCAGGAAAAGCCUCCUUGCAAGCUGUGGUGGAUGACUGGAUCGAAGGUUAUAAACUUGACAGGAAUGCCGCACUGUUGGAGUUAAUUCAGUUUUUCAUUCAGUGCUCAGGUUGUAAGGGGAAGAUUACUCCAUUCAUGUAUGCCAAUAUGGAACAUGCUGAGAUCAUUCGUAAAAUGACUGAGGAAUUUGAUGAGGAAAGUGGUGAUUACCCUCUGAUAAUGACAGGCCCCCAGUGGAAGAAGUUCAAAUCCUCGUACUGUGAGUUUGUUCAGGUGCUGGUGCGCCAGUGCCAGUACAGCAUCAUCUAUGACCAGUACAUGAUGGACAACGUCAUCUCUCUACUCACAGGUCUGACUGACUCACAGGUCCGAGCCUUCAGACACACCAGCACACUUGCAGCCAUGAAGCUUAUGACAGCUUUAGUGGAUGUGGCUCUAAACCUGAGCAUUAACCUGGACAACACCCAGAGGCAGUACGAGUCUGAGAGAGCCAAGCAGCAAAACAAGCGAGCUGGGGAUAGGCUUGACUUACUCAUGCAGAAGAGACAAGAGUUAGAGGAAAAUCAGGCUGAGAUAAGAAAUAUGUUGACAUACAUAUUUAAAGGUGUCUUUGUGCACAGAUACAGAGAUACCCAGCCAGAGAUCCGAUCAAUUUGUAUGGCAGAGAUUGGUGUUUGGAUGAAGAAAUAUCCGAAUAUGUUCCUAGAUGACAGUUAUCUCAAAUAUGUUGGUUGGACUUUGUAUGAUAAGGUUGGGGAAGUGCGACUGUGCUGUCUAAAAACUCUGGCACCAUUACAUGAAACACCUGAUCUAUCUGGCAAGUUGGAGCUGUUCACCAAUAGGUUUAAGGAUCGUAUUGUGGAAAUGACAUUAGACAAAGAAUCAGAUGUUGCUGUACAAGCCAUUAGAUUGGUCAUUUGUGUAUUGAAAUACAGUGAGAAUGUGUUAUCAGACAAAGAUUGUGAGAAUGUGUAUGAGCUGGUGUACUCGUCCAACCGAUCUGUGGCCCAAGCAGCUGGAGACUUCCUUAAUCACAAACUCUUCAAGAGGGAUGACGAAGCCCCACCUGUGAGGUCGGCAAACGGUAAAAAGAGAAGCCCCAACACGCCCUUGGUCAGAGAUCUUGUUCAGUUUUUCAUUGAGAGUGAGCUACAUGAGCAUGCAGCCUACCUUGUUGACAGCUUAUGGGAGAUCAAUGAGAUGAUGAAAGACUGGGAGUGUAUGACUGACUUGCUGCUGGAAGAGCCAGGGAAGGGGGAGGAAGCUUUGGAUGACAAACAGGAAACAAGUUUGAUUGAGAUAAUGGUUUGCUGUGUGAAACAGGCUGCUACAGGGGAUUCACCAAUAGGAAGAGGCCCAAACAAAAAGAUGUCAGCUAAAGAAGUGAAGCAGGUCUCUGAGGACAAACAGAGGUUGACUGAGCAUUUCAUUGUGGCAUUGCCACAGUUACUACUGAAGUAUUUGAUGGAUGCCGAGAAAGUGGCAAACCUUCUACAGAUUCCACUCUACUUUGACCUGGAUAUUUACACCUCUGGGAGACAGGAAAAGAACCUCGAACUGUUGCUGCGCUACAUAAAUGACAUUGUAGAAAAGCAUACAGGCUCUGAGGUCCUUGAGGCCUGCUCCAAGUGCUUAGAAUGUCUAUGUAACGAGGAGUUUGCUAUUGCUGGUAAGAGUGAGGUCAGCAAGAAAACCCUGAUUGAUGCAUUGGUCAUCAAGCUGAAACAAGCAGUACAGGAUUACUUUACAGAGGGAGAUACACCAGAUGAAGAUGAAGUCUUUGCAUUACUAGCGGCUUUAAAGAGGAUCGGAGCAUUUUAUGCCUGUCAUGACCUGACCAACUGGGAAGUCUGGGAAGAUAUCUUCAUUGUCGUCAAAUCAGCCAAAGAAAAGGCUCCCAUCCCUGAAGAAAUCAUUGUAAAAGCCAUCCAAGCCAGUGCUCUAGCUGUUAUGUUUUAUUUCAAGCGUUUGGAUGAGACAAAGCCCAGACCAGAUGAAAUGAAGAGGAUCAGAAAGAAGUUGGCAUUACUCAUGCUUUGCUGUCAUGAGCUGAUGUUUCAUGAGAGUGAAAAAGUUAAAGAAGAGGCCUAUGUGACCAUCUGUGACCUGCUAAUUGUGUUCAGCCCCCACCUGGCAGAGAUCAAUCUCCUGCUGAAGCCAGUGGUCUAUGAUGUGGAACCCAAGCUGACGGCACAUCUAGGGGAGUUCCUGCAGAUGAAAGUUUUUGUUGAGGACGAUGAUGAUGAUAUGGAUGAGAAUGUAAAGAUUGAAGAGCUCCACAAAAGAAGAAAUUUCCUUGCCAGUUUUUGUAAACUGGUUGUGUAUAACAUUGUUCACAUCAAGGUGGCAGCUACUAUGUUCAAACAUUACAUGAAGUUUUACAACGACUAUGGUGACAUCAUUAAAUGGACACUGAGUAAAGCCAGGGAGAUCAACAAAGUUACAACAUCCAAGACCCUGGCCAUUAGCUUACAGCAGUUAUUCAAAGAACUUCAGGCAGAGCAUGGAGAUGUGGACAGGUCAUCUGAUGCUUUCCAAUCCAUUAAGGAGUUGUCUAGGAGGUUUGCUCUGUCCUUUGGUCUUGAUCAAAUAAAAAACCGUGAAGCUGUGGCAACAAUGCACACGGAGGGUAUCAUGUUCAGCCUGACACCAUUUGAAAACUUUGACAAAGGUCCAAAUGCUGCCCCACCCAACUUAGCCUUCCUGGAGGUGUUGUGUGAGUUCACGAACAAACUCAUGAAACAGGACAAAAAGACAGUGGUAAACUACCUGGAUAAGCAGGUGGAAGGUAAAAUACCUCAGGUAAGACAGGAAGACUGGCAGCCUUUCUUCACGUACAGGAACAGUUUGAUGCAGGGGGAAACAGACUGGAAUCCCAUCACUCUCAAGCAGGCAGCACAGAAACGUUAUGGCAGGAAGAACAGACAAGAUACCUCAUCAGACACAAGCUAUGAACCUCACACACCAGGACCCAUGAGUGUCCAGCCUAUGACAUCAACAGCGGUCAAGCGCGGCCACCACCAUGAACAGGACGAAGAUUCCAACAUGGAGUCCAACAUUGGCUCCGAGCAGGAUUUUGAUGACUCCAGUUCCAGAAGCGCCCAGGCCAACUGGUCCCACAAAGCGCCACAACAGGAGCACCACAACUUGAGGAGAUCAGACAGGCACAGACAUCCCCCUGCCACGCCCCAACUGAGUGAGAUUAGUGACAACAGCAUUGGAGAGUUUGAGAGUCCCUCAUCUGUGCACCACCACCAACAGCGGCACCAUCACCACCAGCAACAACAACAACAGCAGCAAUUCUACUACCAGCAGCAGCACCACCACAGGCAGUCACCACACCGCAGGGCCCUGACCCCACAACAAAUCAUUGGCUCACCCAUGCCCCCAGGGAGUGGGACCCCACACACACCUGUAAGCUCUCAAGGACAGGGUCACUUCUACCAAGCUCAGGGAGGUCUCUUUGAAGAAGAUUCCUCACAGUACAUAGAGGAUGCUUCGCACCAUCACCGCCACCAACAGCAACAACAACAACAACAUCAAAUGGUGCAUACACCAUAUUCUGACAUGAGCAGUCAUCAAGGCUACUGAAUGCAAGGGAGGCAACCUAUUAGUACAAGGGAGGCAACCCAUUAGCCUACAGCCAGGAGAGAGAAAUUGUACAGAUUAAAUGGUUUAUUUUAGAGUAAAGGCAAAUAGCUUUAAGUAAUGAAUACAUCUAAUUUUGUACUAAAAUUAUUAAACUUUCUAGUCAAGUGUAGUGAUUUUUUUUUACUGUAAUAAAUAAAUAUUAAUUUUAAAAAUGUACUUUUAUAAAUGUAUAUGUUUGAAUAAAAUUUAUUUAAUAGUUAUUUAUUUUAUUUGUAUAAGCAAUUUUUUGUUAGACUUUAUCUUUAAAAAAAUUAAUGUUCAGAAAUUGUACCUAAAAUUGUUGUCUAUAAUGAUAUUAAAUGUUUAGGUGUGCUUUGUUGUUGUGUUAACAGUUAAAUUAUAGCAUGUGUGUGUAUAUGUGUAUAUAUAAGCUUUGUUGUAUGAACUCAUUUUUGAUUUGCCACUUGUAAUUUUCAAUAUCUUUGUCUAAGACUUACAUACCUGUUUGGUCAGUGACAUCACAUGAUGUGAUGUUAUGAUGUAUUUGGUCUGUAUUUACCUGUGGUUGGUUUAAUCAAUGACAGUAUAUUAUGUGGUGUAAUGAAGCAACAAAUGAGUAAUUACAUGUGUAUUUGUUGUAGGUAUAGCUGAGGUUUAAACUACAUCACAUACAAUUAUAAUUUACAGACAUUAUCCUCUGUUUUUGUAAGUAGUGUUUGGGUUUUGAUUACCUUCAGUUAUUUACUGAAAUCAAAGCUUAAUUUUUGUUGAUGAUUUCAGUGUUUAACUACAACCACGAAGUAAGAAAACAUCAAAUACUCCAUGAGCUAGUUUCUAAACUGUAGAAUUCCCAAAACAUAGAAGACGGAAAAAAUGUCUUUUUUUUUUGUCUAAACGUUCUGACUUUUUAAAUGAAAAGCUUUUAAUGGUUUUAAAAAAACUAAACAAAAAACCCCAAACAAAUGAGUGCAUUAAUUAAAAAAAUAAAUAAUUAGAAGCCAUUAAAAAAAUCAAUAUCCUUAAUCCCUUUCCAUUUAUUUUUUUCCUUUAACUAAAAAUUACUGAGGUCCCAAAUAACAAUGCUACAGGUCACAUGUGUUUCAUACUACAUCACAUAGUACGUCACAUAAUGUUAUAAAACAUUUCAUACAUAUGUUAGCUAUUUAUUCAUGUAGACUCGACUGUUUGAUUAUACUUUUAUAACUAAGCAUUUAUGCCGUAGUGGAUGUUUUUUGUUUAAUGUUAAUUGUAAAAGCUGUUUCAUACAUACGAGUUAUUAUAAUUCUUUAAAAAUUGUGUACAUAGUUUUUAACUUACACAGAUAUGAUGUUUUGUUGUAAUAUUUCUAGUUUCAUGUUAUCUUUUAUCAUUGUAUUUAC